AUGGAAGCAGUUCUGCCAGCUGAGGUUAAAAUUCCUUCACUGCGCAUACUAAUGGAGGUCAAAUUGGAUGAAGCUGAUUGGAUUAAACAACGUCAUGAGCAGUUGUCUUUGAUUGAUGAGAAGAGGUUAAAUGCCAUUUGUCAUGGUCAGUGCUAUCAAAAGAGAAUGGCCCGUGCCUACAACAAGAAGGUCAAGGUGCGACUGUUCAAAGAAGGAGAUAAAGUGUUGAAACGAAUUUUGCCUGUACAAGAGGAGGCUAAAGGCAAGUUUGCCCCAAAUUGGCAAGGCCCUUUUAUUGUCAAGAAAGUGUUGCUUGGUGGAGCACUUAUUCUCACUGAAAUGGAUGGACAAGUUUUUUCCCAACCGAUCAAUUUAGAUAUGUGUAAGAAAUUCUUCAUCUAA